AUGGCGUGGUGCAAGCAGCCCAGCGAUUUCGCAGACACGUGCAGACGUCAACGGGCAAGUGCUUUAGUGCAUGGUGGAUCCAUGGUUCGGAACGAGACCAGGGAGGCGUGCUGCAUGGGUGCGCUGAGGGAGGCGUUAGCGACGACUGACGUAGCGGCACAGGCCAGAGGUAUCACCAGGCGCGACAAAGUGGCCUCAUUGUGUACGGACAAGUGUAAGAGCCAUCGAGUAGCAGGUGCCCUAUGCGUCGUGUGGGCAUCACCCCUGGGCUGGCUGGAGAUUCCCGAGAGAGGGCCAUUGACGGCGGCGAUUGCUGAUGUGCGUGCCUGGGGGUACAUUCGGAGGUACAUGAGUGCUGUGUGCAUCUAUGUCUAUCGCGAUGGGCUGACGAGGUGGACGAGGCGAGGCCAGGAUGCUGCCCUGAUGGCGCAUCGUGGACAGCAGGCUGCAAGAAGAAGAAAACAAAAAGCGAGCAAGAGCAGCAGAGGCAACCCAGCCGGCAGACCCGGCCCCGCGACCAUGUACUCCUACAGGCGCGGGCUGCUGGGCGAGGCGUUCGGCGGCGUGGCGCGCACUCUUUUUUGUGGGCAUGGAGUGCGGCAUCAGUGCGAAGGCCGGCUGCAUCUCGAUUGCAUGACUGCAUGCCACGGCGAUAAUUUGGCCCGUGGCCGCGGGGACGUCCAUUCGCGCGGAUGCUGGUCGCGAUGCUGGUCCCUGGUCACAACGGCUGCGGAUCGAGCAGAACGCCGUGUAGGGACGUGGUGGCAGGGGAGGGGGCAGGAUAGGCAUUGCUCGCCGAUGAUUUGGGAGCGUGCUGGGGUGCUGGGGCGCUGGGGCGCUGGGGUGCCGCCCUCAGUGUUGCAGCUUGAACACCCACCCAUCGCCUUCUCCACCCGCAUCCUUGCCGUGGCAAACAGACGUGCCGUAACCCAUCCCUGCCUGCUCACUGCACUCUCGCGUCACGUCCUAGACGACUCGCACUCGCUGCCGCCGCGCUUCAUCUCCGAUCGUAUCUGCUUUAGCCCGCUGCACCUGGGCUUAGUUCUUGUUUCCGCUCACCCCAUGCCUGCAACCAUCGACAAGACGCGGCAUUGCGACCAGUAG